AUGAGAUUAUACGCUAGAUUAGAGCUGGUUGCUAAUUCUGGAGAACAUGGAGAACGUCAGGGAGGAGGACUAAGAUGUAGCAUCCCUUGGUCUGUUUGCACAGCGCAUCAGUCACGUCUUCAGGCAAAUUGCCCUCGAGAGCUCUUUAUUUUUGGAAAUCGCCCAAACAAUUGCCUUAUUUACAAACAUUCCUUCGAAUGGGAAACAGUUUUUAUUAUGGUCGGUGUAGACUGA